CUCUUUCGUAGAGGUCGACAACCUGCAUGAUUUCAACCCAAGUGCUGUGAAGUGCUCUUGGUACCUGCACGGAACAUUUUAUUGUUUAAAAAGGGAUAAAACGAUAUAAAUGGCUGCUCAUAAAUUAGUGCUGAUUCGCCACGGGGAGAGCUGCUGGAACCAGGAGAACCGCUUCUGUGGCUGGUUCGAUGCUGAUCUCAGUGACACCGGGAUUCAUGAGGCAAAGAGAGGCGGAGAUGCUUUAAGAGAUGCUGGCUUUGAGUUUGAUAUUUGUUACACCUCUGUUCUGAAGAGAGCCAUCCGCACCUUAUGGCUUGUUUUGGAUGGCAUCGACCAGAUGUGGCUUCCUGUGCACAGGACAUGGCGUCUUAAUGAACGCCAUUAUGGUGGUCUGACUGGCUUAAAUAAAGCUGAGACUGCUGCCAAGCAUGGUGAGGCACAGGUGAAGAUCUGGAGGCGAUCCUAUGAUAUCCCACCUCCUCCUAUGGAGGCAGACCAUGACUUCUACAGUGUUAUUAGCAAGGAUCGGCGUUAUGCUGACCUGACCGAGGACCAGCUACCUUCAUGCGAGAGCCUGAAGGACACUAUUGCUCGUGCACUUCCAUUCUGGAACGAAGAGAUCGUACCUCAGAUUAAACAGGGCAAGAGGGUGCUGAUUGCUGCCCAUGGCAACAGCCUGAGGGGUAUAGUCAAGCAUCUGGAAGAUAUGUCAGAAGAAGCCAUUAUGGAGUUGAACCUCCCUACAGGCAUCCCCAUACUUUAUGAACUAGAUGAGAACCUGAAGCCUAUCAAGCCUAUGCAGUUUCUGGGUGAUGAGGAAACUGUGCGAAAGGCCAUGGAGGCUGUAGCUGCACAGGGAAAGGCCAAAAAGUAGUUGAUUUUCCAUUGAUUGUUUAAAAGCACUGAAAAUCUCUACUAUUAAACUCAUAACACCGUGAUUCAGUGCAUGUUUGGUGUCACAUUGUUAGUUAAGUACAUGUAACUGAAAUUGUAUCUAAAAAAUAUUUAUUGACCAAAACACCAUCGCAGACCAAUUCAUCUUAACAACCUUCAACCAAAUGCUUGUGUAUUUCGUUAUGGACCAGAAAGCUGAGCUGUAGGCUACAGGAAGAAUAGUUUACUGGAUUAGAAGAGUGUAAUAAAUAAUCAGACCCUUUUGUUUAGACAAGGGGUUCUGUAACAUCAGAAUGUGGUUUGAAAGUUAGUAUCAAUGGCUUCUUUUAAAUGAGUCUGAUGUCUUUGGAUGCUGAGCACUUUGAAAGGAAUUUAGACAAUGUACUUUUGUUCAAAGGUUUGUCCUGUUUCAGGUUGUAAAGAUUUAAAUAGUCUAAUAUAAUGAAUUGUUUUGCAGUGCUGCACUGAGUAGAAGCCCAAUAAAAGUGUAAUACACCUGUG